GUAUCUGUUGCCAUUGCAGCUGGCGCAUUUGAGUAGAACACGAGCAGUAGCAAUACCAGUUUACCAACACAAACAUAAAAGAGGAUAGCGGCUGGCCCUCAUUCAGUCAGAGUUAGAGUCUCAGUGUAGCACGACGUUACUUUGCACGAAGCUAACAAUAUUAUAUAUAAAAAUUUUAUCCGGAUAUAAAUAAGAAACAAACCGUCGAGUGAGUCGAAUUAAGAAAUAGAAAUUAACGAUAUAGGUAGUCUAGAUAUUUCUUUUUAGCAAAAAUUACUAUUGUGAAAAAAAAACUAAAUUGAAGAACGUCUGCUAAACGGAACAAGAUGCUAAAAUUAAGCUUGAUAUUUCUCUUCGCUAUAACCACGACGGUGUACAGUCAAUGUUUCUACAAAGAUGAUUCUGCGAAGAAACCUAACCCAGAAGCACGCUCGAGCUUAUACAAAAAUCAAAUGGAAUUUACACUGAAUCUUUUCAAUGCUAUAAACAAAGCUGUACCCGAUGACAAUAUCUUCUUCUCGCCGUUCUCGGUGUACCAUGCCUUACUUCUUGGAUAUUUUGCCGCAGCUGGUGAAACAGAAAAGUCUUUGAAAGAAUCUUUACGCAUUAGUGAUGCACAGGACAAGGUGAACUUGCUAAUGGCAUAUAAAGUCGACAAGCGGUCGCGAGCCUACAACAACAACAGCGACAGUUACGAGUUCACGAACGCCAACAAGAUGUACGUAGACAACGAGCUGAACUUACGGCAGUGUCUUCUCGACGUACUUGGAGAAGAAAUCGAGGCUCUGAACUUCCAUCAAAACCCUCAACAGUCGCGUCAACAGAUAAACGACUGGGUGGCUCGUAUCACUAAAAAUAAUAUCAAGGAUUUGAUUCCUGAAGAUGGCAUCUCGGAAGCAACGAAAUUAGUUUUGGCUAACGCUGCUUAUUUCAAAGGCGUUUGGGCUUCAAAGUUCCUCGCUGAGAGAACGAAGAAACAGGUGUUUUUCGUUUCUGAAACUUAUCAGACCCUAGUACCAUUCAUGAGACAGAAAGGAAUAUUCCAUUAUAUGGUCAGCGAUGAACUCGGUGCGCAGAUCUUGGAGCUCCCGUACAAAGGAAAUGACAUCAGCAUGUACAUCUUACUGCCUCCCUACUCGAUGAAGGAAGGUGUGACAAACAUUAUCGCCAACUUGACUCCGGAGCGACUCGCUGCCGUCGUGGAAGAGGGCUACAUGGGCCGAGAAGUUAUCGUCGAAAUUCCUAAGUUUACAAUCGAAAGAACUCUACCUAUGAGAUCUAUCCUGGAGUCUCUUGGUGUAGGUGACUUAUUCAACUCAACUGCAGAUUUCAGCACGUUGUCUAAUGACCAUGGCAUUAGUUUCGAAGAUGCCAUCCAUAAAGCCAAAAUACAGGUUGAUGAGGAAGGUACCGUAGCUGCAGCCGCUACCGCCAUCUUCGGGUUCCGUUCAUCGCGUCCCGCAGAGCCAAGCAAGUUCAUUGCCAACUUCCCCUUCGUAUACAUCCUUUACGAACGCCCAACCAACUCAGUGCUCUUUAUGGGAGUCUAUAGAGACCCCAAGAAAUAAAUCCAUAUUGUUAAAUUAACGGUGACAUAUCUGCUUUUAUGUUGGGCAAUAUAUGAUUAAAUUCAAAUUGGUUAAAUAAUAGUAUUUUUGUAAACAACAAAAAAAAAACAAGGAAAUAUUUAUUUUCUACUACAUAGUUUGACGUUGGAGGCUGAGUCAUAUUAUCUCGACCUAGGCGUGAUUUAAGUCUUAUUUUUAUCUUUGUUCUCAAGGUUUUAUUUUUUCCGCAUUAGAAGUUAUUUGACUCUAAGUAUAAAAUAAACAAGCUUUUGACUUAGCCUCUACAGACUGAGUUUUGUUUUUUUUUUUUUUUUGUAACUAAACAGAGACGUUACCCUUUACCGAAUUUUAUAAAUAUAUUUUACGAUAAGAGUAAUAUUACUAUUAAUUUAUUAUUUUUUGUAACUAAUGUAUGAUUGGUAUAUUCUACUAGUAUUUGAAUACAAAGAAAAACUUGUAAUGUUACCUUUUGUAACUUUUAGAAUAAUGUCAGUUAAUAUCAAAGUAUUAAGUUAAGUUAUAAUUAUUUCUUACUUAAUUUAAAACAAUAAAAAAAAUCGACAAACACUUAA